AGGGCGGCCGCUUUCCCAGGGCGGCGGGGCGACGUCAGGCGGAAGGGCGCGGGGCGCGCACGCUUUAAAUGGCAGCGGCUGUCAUCCGAGCCCGCAGCCGUGUGGGCAGGAGCGGGCUAUAUAAGCGGCGGGCCGGGCGGCCGCGGGGCACACGGCGACAGCGGCGGCAGCGAGCGCCUCGGAGCCCGCGCCGCGCACAGCACAGCACAGCGCCCCCCGACGGGCCCCACCGAGGAGCGCCGAGCCGGGCCCGCCAGGGCCGCCGUCGCCCCGCAGCAGAUUUGGAUCCCCCGCCCGGCGAGCCCCAGGCUGCUGCCUCCCGGGAGGACCCGGCGCAGCGGCCGCCCCCGGACAGCCCCGGCGCCCCGCCGCCCGGCCCCGAGGGCCCCGGCAGCGCCAUGGCGGCCGCCAAGCCCGGCGAGCUGAUGGGCAUCUGCUCCAGCUACCAGGCGGUGAUGCCGCACUUCGUGUGCCUGGCCGAUGAGUUCCCGCAGCCCGUGCGGCCGGCCAAGCUGCCCAAGGGCAAGGGCCGACUGCGGCGGCCGCGCCAGUCCCGCUUUAAGACGCAGCCGGUGACCUUCGACGAGAUCCAGGAGGUGGAGGAGGAGGGGGUGUCGCCCAUGGAGGAGGAGAAGGCCAAGAAGUCGUUCCUGCAGAGCCUGGAGUGCCUGCGCCGUAGCACGCAGAGCCUGUCCCUGCAGCGCGAGCAGCUCAGCAGCUGCAAACUGAGGAACAGCCUGGACUCGAGCGACUCCGACUCGGCCCUGUGAGCGGCGCCGCCCGCCGCGGGGACUGUCGCCUGGGCGGCCCGCCGGGGGGACCCGCGUGCGCGCUCCGCACCCGAGGACCGGGGGCCGCCGCCCGCGCGCCUGGACGCCUGGACGCCGGCUCGCCCGGGGCCCCUGGGAGCGCACGGCGCUGGGGCUGGGGCUGGGGCUGGGGUGGGGGGACGCCCCCUUCGCCCUUGUAAAUGUUUAUUUUUCAACUCUCCCCUGUACGAACUCUGCCGUGAGCGCCUGGGAUGCCGGGAAAGCUGCCCGCCCCGCGCCCGGGGCCCGCAGCCCCGCCCCCGCCCGCACCCCCACCCCGCUCACUCUCACGCCGCCACACUCCCGCUGCACUUUUGUAACCGGUAUGCGCGGCCGAUGGGACUGGGGGGGGGGGGCUGGCUGUGUGUCGAGGGGUGUACGCGGCGUAACUACAGCUGCGACCGGAGGAUGGAUAUUUAUUUUUGCAUUGGCGAUGGCUGAUCGCGUUGGUGAAACGAUCUUUUUACCUGGAUCUCUGGUCAGUGAGGCUCCCGAACGGAGACGAAUAAAAGUCGAUAUAUUUGCACAGUG